AUGACCUCACUCACCCUUCAAUCAACCAAGAAGAUGGUCUCCGGUCCCCCCGACCUCACCUCAACCGUGACUCUCAAGGCUCUGGAGGUUGGAUAUCGUCAUAUUGAUAGCGCAACCCUCUAUAACAACGAAGCAGAAUGCGCCCAAGCAAUCCACGCUUCCGGCCUCCCCCGAGAGGAAAUCUUCUACACGAGCAAAGUCCCCACCACGCACAUGUCAUAUGAGAAAGCCAAGGAGGCGAUCAACGAUAGUUUAGCUGCUGCGGAGUGUUUGGGGUAUAUUGAUUUAAUGCUCCUACAUGCACCCUAUGGCGGCAAGUCUGGCCGUCUAGGCGCCUGGCGCGCACUCGUCGAAGCGCAAAAGACCGGGAAAAUCCGGUCCCUGGGGGUAUCAAACUACGGGAUCCAGCAUCUCGAGGAACUGGAGGAGUAUAUUCGCAGCAGUGGUGUCGGGGGAGAGAUCUCGGUGGGACAGUAUGAGAUUCAUCCGUGGUGUGCGAGAGAGGAUAUUGUGGGGUGGUUGAGGGAACGGAAUGUGGUGGUAGUGGCGUAUUCGCCGUUGGUGCAGGCGAAGAGGAUGAAGGAGCCGGUGUUGAGGAUGUUGGCGGAGAAGUACGGGAAGAGUGAGGCGCAGGUGUUGGUGAGGUGGAGUUUGCAGAAGGGAUAUGUUCCGUUGCCCAAGUCGGUGACGGAGUCGAGAAUUGUGGAGAAUUCGCAGGUGUUUGAUUUUGAAUUGUCGGGGGAGGAUAUGAGGCGGUUGCAGACGGCGGAGUAUGCUCCUGUUUGUUGGGAUCCGGCGAGGGAUUCAAAGCUGUAA